GAACCACCGCACAUUCCUUUUGUAUUAUGCUUUCAUUCACUUCUUCCCCACACGCUGUCGUUUUGACCCUUCUCCCAGACAUUAACGAAAAGCAUCCCCGCCGGUCUUCAUCCUUUCUCCCGUCAGUUCUCUGACAUUUCGGUGUCAUCUCCGAUUCUGCGACAACCUCAGCCCGUAUACAAGGUCCCGGACGAUGAGUAACGUUUUCGAGGGAUACGAACGCCAGUACUGCGAGCUCUCGGCUAAUCUAUCGAAAAAGUGCACGGCAGCUGUUACUCUAAAUGGAGAGCAAAAGAAGCAAACUGUUUCUGAAAUAAAGGCUGGAAUUGAUGAAGCAGAAGCUCUGAUUCGGAAAAUGGACCUUGAGGCAAGAAGUUUGCAGCCAAACGUGAAGGCUGUGCUUCUUGCUAAGUUGCGGGAGUACAAGUCAGAUUUGAACAAUCUUAAGAAUGAAGUUAAGAAAAUUGUAUCUGGUAACUUGAACCCUUCUGCUCGGGAUGAGUUGUUGGAAUCAGGCAUGACAGAUGCUCUGACGGCAUCAGCUGAUCAGAGAGCAAGAUUAAUGAUGUCAACCGAGAGGUUGAACAAGUCCAGUGACAGAAUUAAGGACAGUAGAAGAACAAUGUUGGAAACAGAAGAGCUUGGUGUUUCAAUUCUUCAAGAUUUGCAUUCACAACGGCAAUCUCUGUUGCAUGCACAUCACACGCUUCAUGGAGUUGAUGAUAACAUAGGUAAGAGCAAGAGAAUUUUGUCUAACAUUUCAAGAAGGAUGAGCAGGAACAAGUGGAUUAUUGGCAGCAUCAUCGUGGUCUUGGUUAUAGCCAUCGCCUUAAUUCUGUACUUUAAACUUAGUAAAUAACCAGGACCAGACAUUUUCUGACAUUGGUACAAAAUAUUGUCUACAUGUACGGUUGAGAAUUAUUUCCAUUCUCGCCUCACUCCCCUUUUCCUCUUCCUUUUGUUUUUUCUUUUGUUUUGUCUUUUUUAAAGCUCUGGUUUGUGGUUGCUCAGACAUUCUUCGCUGGCUAAUUUGACCAUGUUUGCUUCAAGUGUAUGAAAUGUACAUGGUGGCUUUGCCGGGUUUGGAAUUCUGGUUUUGUAUUAAUCAUUGGCUGUUGAAUGAAUUGUAUUAUGAUAUAAAGAUUCACGGUGGUUGUACUGUUAAA